AUGGCACCCAGCACAACAACCUCCAUGUCAUCUACGACGACCUCUUCAACAGCUACUGCGACUUGCCUCAAUAUCAGCCCGGGCAAGAAUGGAUAUCUCCCACCAGAGGCAUGCGAUGUCAUUCUCUACUAUGUCCCAUCAUUCGCCGCGGCGGUACUCUUUUGCGUGUUUUAUGGAAUGACAACCCUGUUGCACGGCAUUCAGGCUGUGAUGUUUAAGAAGGCUUACUCAUGGGUAGUAAUUAUGGGCGGAGCUUGGGAGUUGCUCGCCUUCAUUUUCCGAACGCUUCAAACGCGGCAGCAGAAUAAUGAAAAUUGGGACACCUACUACGUGCUCUUCUUUCUUCUCGCGCCAAUCUGGAUCAAUGCCUUUUUGUAUAUGACACUGGGUCGCAUGAUCCAUUUCUUCCUUCUAGAACAGAAGCUCGUCGGCAUCUCUGCGCGUCGGUUCGGUGUCCUCUUCGUCUGCCUCGAUGUCUUCGCCUUUAUCGUCCAGGUCUCUGGUGCUAUCCUGGCCAGCAAUCAAGAUAAUGGAAACCUCGUGAUGACAGGCUUGCACAUUUACAUGGGUGGGAUAGGCCUACAGGAGGCUUUUAUUCUGUGUUUCACAGGACUUGCCAUUCAUCUUCAUCGGAAGUUGAUCAAGAUGGAGGCGUCCGAGGACGUCUACAAUGGAAAGCUCUCACAAGGGCCAUUCUCGUGGCGGUGGCUCUUUCAUGUCCUUUACUUCGCUUUGGCGAUGAUUACUAUUCGAAUCAUCUUCCGAAUCAGCCAGUAUGCCCAAGGCACAUCUCCCACAAAUUCAAUCCUUACCCAUGAGUGGUAUGAGUAUGUGUUCGAUGCCGUCCCGAUGCUUCUCGCCCUCGUGGCUCUGAACGUCAUUCAUCCCGGUCGCAUCCUGCAGGGGCCCGACUCGGGCUUCCAACAAGUGCGACGAGCCGAAAAGGAGGCGAAGAAGGAGAAGAAACAGCAAAAGAAAAUGGCAAAGGAAGAAAAGAAAUCUCAGAAAAAGACGGCUAAAGAAGAAAAGAGACGGCAGAAGAAGGAAGGUUCGCGCGACUUGGAAGUUAUUGUUGAAGGAUCUCCUCUUCGGGCUCAUGCCAAUGAGGAGGAGCGGUUGAGCAAUAGCGAACAACAAUGGCCGCGUUAUCAUGAAAGGGAUGGAAGAUAUGAGGAUACGAGAUAUCAUGGUUAUCAGAUCUGA